AUGGAAGACAAAGAAGGAUACGAAAGAGUAGUGAAAGACAACACUAAGGAAACAGAUAUGAAAUGUGCGAGCUGUGGGUGGCCUGGGAAGAUGAAUAUUGUUGAUCUUGACGAUACAACAGAAAACGUGAUCUGUGCGUUUGUCUGCGAAAAAUGUGGAGACAGAUCGGUCAAGUUUCUUGAAAAGACAUAUGAUAAAAGAGGAAGUGUCAGAAUCGAAUGCUUUUUCGAUAGAAAAGAGGAUCUUACCAGAGAAAUCAACCUAAGCCAGAUGGCAUCAGUGGAAAUCAUUUCAGAAAACCUUUCUUUCAAAAUUUCGAGCACUUAUCCCAGCAUCCAGAAUGUUGAGUCCUUUCUGAUACAAGGAAAGGAUCAAAUUAAAAACUUGUGUGGAAAGGGAAACAUAACAACCGGACCGGGUGGAGAGGUCCUUAGAAAUCCUGACGUUUCUAAAGAGACCUGCGAAAAGAAACUAGAAGACUUCCGAGACUUGAUGAGCAAUCCGAAGUUUAAAUUAAUCAUCGAAGACGACUUUGGACUCUCCAGAGUUGCACCUGUGGGUAAGAAUGUUCUGGAGUUACGGAAUGCAGACGUCUCCGAGCUCAACGAUGAUAAAGUCAAGCACAUUUUCAAGAAGAAAUCAGAAUAA